AUGGGAGUCACCUGGUGGACAGUUCUAAAAAAAAAAGAUCACAUCAUCGUCAAUCGAAAGUUUUGCCUGACUGAUGUCGCUGUUGUUCCGAAGUUCUACACGGGAUCGGACCAUCGUCUCCUCCGCGCUAGAUUCUGCUUCUCAGUGCGUGGAGAGAGGGCUAGGAAGUUUAGGAAACGAAGCCCCAAGACCUUUAUCAACUGGGACCACUUCGCUUCCCUUGCGAGUGAAUGGGAAGAUUCCGUUAUCGACAACAUCGAUGAAGAGUACAGUCAGCUCGUUGAACAUCUUCACGAUAGCGCUAAGAAAGUCUACAAGUAG